AUCAUAUUAAUGGCUGCAUUGGUUUCGUUUAUUUGCAUAUAAUAAUAAUUGCUGACAUCUUUAUUACGUCACAACCCACAUUGUUACGUUUAAAUUCACAUGAUUUUCACAUUGCUUCGCUACACAUAUCCCAGUCUAACUUAGGAUCAGUAUUAUCAGCAACUGGCAACUAAUAUCUGGUGUGGAAAAUAAUCGCAGCUCUAAUGUGUUUGUGUAAAUACACGGCAGACAUAACUUAGAUUUCAAUGUACGUGUACACCACAAAUGUUGUUAGCUUUGGCCGUUACGCUGUAUAGCAUUACAACGAAAUGUUUAAAAUCGCUCUUAUAUUGCGUAAUAAGAACGCAGUCGUAUUUGUGACGAAAAAUAACUGUAACAGCUAAACAUAAUAUAUGACAAAUAUUAAAAUACAAAAUAAAUGCUAAGUAUCGUGACUAAGUGCGAACUUGUACCGUGUAAAGGAUUAUUAUCGACGUUUUUAUCUUUUAAAUAUAAGCACAGUUUGAAACUGGAGUAGUGGUUUCUCACAGUGGUCGUCAAUGUUCCGGUUCAAUCCCAUUAUAUGGCGGGCAGUGGAUGGAGUGGGAUAUACAUAAUAGCGUCACAAUAUGUUGUCGUAAGUUAGGCAGGUGUGUGUCAUACGUUGGAGGUUCAAGGCUCACUGAACUAACUACAGCUGUUGACGUAUAAUAGAUAUUUCUACAAUCCAGUUGUAGCCAAGUAAGUUUCAAAAGAUGAAUGUAUUCAGAGUUCCACGCAACGUACUUUAUGUAUUAAGCCACCAUGUAAGACGUGCAUUAACACAACCGUGUUAUCGGGUUGUAUCGCCAAGCAAUUGUCGGUGCCAGUUUAUCCGCUGGGUGGCGAACAGGAGCACAACAAACUUCAAUCCAUGCAUGACCUCAUCCCAUCGAGUGAAAAAGGAUUCGAUGGGUUGGUCGGUUGAUAUAAACACAAGGUAACAUGUGUGUUAGAGCAGAUCAAGGCACCGUAUACCUUCGCAUGUACGUUGUUGUUAUUACGCCAGGAAUCGUUGACUACGAAGUUGUGCAAAUAAACAACUAAACCAGCAACCACACAGUAGAAACAUCUUUACGAUCCGGUUGAUUGCAAGGAUUAUUUCAAGGAGGUGACAUUGGAAGAAUCUGUCAUCAGUUUAUAAGAGAAACACUUUCUAAUGGAGAGUGCACACGUAACAACGAAUGGUAACAUGGAGAUUGGAAGUGUACAGGAACUACAUACUCACCAACACCCAGAACCUGCUCCUGUCAACGUUCAACCACUUGCUGAAAAUCUACAAAGCCAGUUAGUCGAUCGUUCGAACCAAGUUAUUGGAGAAUCCAACAUGCCAAUACAACUUGAUCGUAACAUAGAAGCAGUAAGACUUGAGAUGUCAGAUGUACGACAACCAAUAGAUGACGAAUGGAAAGAAGAGAUGAAACGCAGAGACUAUCUAAGUUCAAAUCGUGUAAACAACCGUUCAGUAACCAUCGGCCAAAUGUUCGACAAAGCGUUGGAAAAGGCGCAACUUGAUUCUGAAGUUAAGUGUUCAACAGAAGCUGCCAGAGCUGAGUACAUAAGAAGACAUGCUAACACUGUUGGGGUGGUUGGACCUCCAGGUGUUGGGAAGACCACUCUUUUAAAGAUGAUGGUAAACCAAAUUCUCAAGCAUGAAUUUCUACCUGACACUGAAUUUCCGUUCUUCAUUAAAGUGAAAGACAUCGACUUUAAUACGAAAAUGACAUUACUAGAGUUCCUAACCACCAACAGCAGGGUUAAAGUCAAUUACACUGAAGAGGAAAGCAAGGCUUUGAUUACAUUCUUACACAACAAUCCAAAUGUUGCCAUCUUCUUCGAUGGAUUGGAUGAAGCUUCAACGAAAGAAUUCGCCAUGACCUCCCAUGUGUGUAAACUUGAUGGGAAAUCCAAACCGGUCGAUAUCAUGAAGAAUUUGUUCAACUUCACAUUGCUACCCAAAGCUAAAAUGGUAGUUACAUCUAGACCAGGUCCAAUGUACAAGCUGCACCCUGAUUAUCGACCUAGUUCUAUAUUUGAGGUUCUUGGGCUCCUGGAAAAAGCAAAGAAUAAUCUUGGAACACAGCUUUGUGGGGAGAAGUACCCAGCCAUCAAGAAAAUAUUGGACCAACAACCAAACCUUGCUCAUCUGUGUUAUCUUCCAAUUAAUUUUAUUCUUAUUGUGUCUUGUUUGCUCUCAAACGAAGGCAGUGAUAUUAAAACAAUGACUCAAGUUUUAAUCUUUUCCAUGAGCAGGUUUGUAGAGUCGUCCCAUUUGAAAGGAGAGGUUCCCCUGGAUAAAGUUGGAGUUGAAAUGGUCAAACUUGCUCCGCAAUGCAUAUGAGGGUCUUCAACAAAGGAAACUUGUUUUCGAGAAAAGUGACUUUGACGAUGUGGAGCUGGCUGAUAAAAUGGUUACAAACUUUUUCCACACUUAUGUCGAUUAAUCGUCUGGAUUACGGAAUGAAAAUAUUGGAAGGAAAUAAACGAAGUUACUUCACCCACCUCACCUGGCAGGAAUUCUACGCAGCUGUAUACUUAAUGCUCUUUGUGUCGUAUCCUGAGUUCGAACAACUCAAGUCCACCUUUAAAGAUACGCAAUGGAGCAUGGUAGUAACAUUUAUGUUCGGAAUCUGUAAUCCUCAUGCAUAUAAACAACUGAAACCUAUUUUUCCCGCUAAGAUGAUUAAAGAUUACGAAAAGAAGAAGAAGUUCAUGGAGUCAAUGAUGAUGAAGUCAUUACGUUCGGCCAGGGAUGAAGACUUGAUGACCAAGAAUAAAGAUUUGAUCCGACGGUUUGGUUGGUUUCAUGAAUACAAUGACGAAGAAACUUCAAGGAAAUUUGAAGAUUGUCUUCCCGUUGAACUUGAGAUUGCUCUACCAAGUCAUCUUUCUGAGGUUGGAGACAUAGUUUAUGCAUUGAAGUUGUUUACGAAACCACACAAGUUGAUGCUGCGUUCAUGGCGCAAAACCACUGAAGUUUAUGAAUCUUUGCUUCGUGGGAUUCAUGGCACAACUACCACGAUUACAGGGUUGGCUAUCGAUGGCAUCGAGAUGAAAGAUUCUCUCAUGGAGUCACUUCUACUUCAUCUUGACGCGAUUGAAAAGCUUUGGUUUUUUGAAGUUAGAAACCUGAGUCCUUACAUGGAAAGCUUGUCAAACGCAAUCAACCAACGUUCCAAUAAAAUUCAACUUAUAUUGUGGUAUCAACAAUUGACCGAUGAUGACGUCAUAUACUUGACUGGUUGCCUUGGCAACAUAUCUAUGUUGGAUAUGUGGAACACCUAUAUUUCAAGUGAUCAAUGUCGUGUAUUGAAACAAGCGAUACAACAACUUCCAUCAUCCAGGAUUUCGAUUUGGAAGAUGCAACCGGUGAUCUUAUGGAGUGGUUUAAACAAUACAAAAGAUCAUCCAAUCCUGAACCAGACGUUAUGGUUGCUGAACGAAGAUCUCGAAGAAAAUGCAACAUUUUAUAACAUUAUGACGUAAACAAUCACUUAUUGUUCGAUAAUAAUCCCAACCAUUUAUAUUAUGUGACCAUCGUGACGUAACAAUCCGGAUUCAUUGUAUUAUACUAAUACGUCAUUGUUUCUAUUACUCUAUGACGUAGUUACCACGUGACCAUUGCAGUGGCUUUAGUAAGUUGAACAAAUAUAUGCUGGUAUAACAACGCAUAAUAAACUGUAAUGGUGUAAUUAUGAUUUAAUAAAUAAAUGAAAUUGUUUGAAAGUU